AUGAUCUUCUCGCAUCUGGCUUCCCCGGCGUUCUCAUACUGGUCAGUGCAUUGUGCUUCGGGCGCACUAGCCGUUGCUUUGGGAGCCUUCGGUGCGCACGGGCUGAAGGGCCGGGGCCUCGAUACAAGGAUGCUGGAGGUAUGGGAUACAGGGGUGCGGUACCAGUUUGUCCAUUCGCUUCUUGGACUCUUCGCCGUCAUGCACCGACACGUUGAGGUAAAAAGCGGCAGCACCCAUCCCGCCAGUCAUAACUAUGGCUCGCUCUUAGCGGGUAUUGGUAAUCUGCUAUUUGCGGGAAGUUUGUACGGCAUAGUGCUCACGGAUAUCAAGAAACUUGGGAUAAUCACCCCGAUCGGGGGACUGCUCUACAUUGCCGCGUGGUUGUGCGUGGCAGCAGACCUAUGACUAAUGAGUUGCAUUUUUUUCCAUGAGGACUCGAGGGAGAUGAAAAACGAAGUACGAGGAAGGUGGGAAAAAUGAAAACGAAGAAGCACGGUGUUCUGCUUUUGCUAGAACUAACUAAAAAGGUACAAAGGAAAGGAGGAUGGCGCGCGACUGCAAUAGCACGAAGACAUGUCCUCGCAUACAAUGCGUGUGGUUUCUCCCUGCUAUCGCAACAAUCGUGUAUUAUCGUAACGGUUGCUGCGACCCGUCAACGAACUUAAUUCGACAUGUUAGCAGGCUAUCGCUGUUGUAUAGAGAGGAUUUACAGUUAAAGUUUUACCUUGUUCGCCGCAACAGACAGUAGAC